CUACAUGCAAAACAACCAUGGUUCAACAUCAGUGCACACAUUUUCUUGUAUAUUUUUUACAGUGCAGUGUGCUUUAUUAAGUGCAAUCAAGCACCGAAAUUAUGGUUUGAAUCAAUAUCUGUAGAUUUCAAAGAUUUUCCUCGCCACUUGGCGAAAACUGAAAACUAUGGAUACAGUUUAAUGGACACAGGUGUUGGAUUAUUUGUACUUAUAAGCGGGCUUGUGCAUAGAGAUUGUAAUAAAAACAAUUAUGUCUCAAUUAUAAAAAAUAACACAAAGUUUGUUUCCAUUCUAUUUAUACUUGGUAUGACAAGGUAUUUGUCUAUAAAACAAUUGGAUUACCAAAAUCAUAUAACAGAGUAUGGAGUUCAUUGGAAUUUCUUUUUCACACUUGCAGUUUGUAAAUUUCUUUCAUCUCUUCUCUUAUUAUUGCCAGCAAACUCUCUGUUAUUGAGUUUUAUUGUAAUAAGUAUUCAUGAGUUUUUAUUAUACCAAGGUUUAGAAGCCUGGGUGUUUAGUGAUACUCUGAGAUCUAAUUUAAUAGAUGCAAAUAAAGAAGGUAUAACCUCUAGCCUCGGUUAUGUUGCAUUGUAUUUAUUUGCUGUUAAAAUAAAAAAGGUAUUGAACAAUAAAUCUGUUGAUAGAUAUAACACAUUUAAGAAUAUGAGUUUCAGUUUAGUAGCACUAACUAUUUGCUCGUAUGUUGUUAAUUUGUAUAGGCCUGCUUCAAGGACUCUAGCCAACACAGGCUACUGUUUAUACUUGUCAGUUAUAAUGGUUUCCAUUCUAUCUGUAUUGUAUUUUUUGGAAGUUUUAUUUGGUGAUAAGAACUUCAAUGUACCUUUGAUAUUAACUGCUAUAAAUAAUAAUGGAUUACUGUACUUUUUAAUUGCCAAUGUAACUACAGGCAUUAUAAAUAUGUCAUUAAGGACUUUACUUGUACCAUCUAUUGUUACAUUUGUUAUAUUAAAUCUUUAUAUGAUAGUCACUAUAAGUAUUAUAGUAUAUGCUAAUAAAAAAGGAUUCAAAAUAUAA